GCAGGCUGCUGGCGGCGCGGUCAGCUGCGCCCGUUUCCACCCCGCGCCCGUCGCCCGCCGCCCGCCUCCACCCGCGCCCGCCCGCGCCCGCCGCGGAGCCACGAUGUUCCGGAUGCUGAGCAGCAGCUUCGAGGACGACCCCUUCUUCGCUGAUUCCUUUCUUGCACACCGAGAAAGUAUGCGCCAUAUGAUGAGAAGUUUCUCUGAGCCUUUUGGAAGAAACUUAUUCAGUAUCUCUGAUGGUAGAGGAAGAACACAUAAUCAUAGAGAACGUGAUGAAGAUUCCUUAACUGCAACAAGUUUUCCUCUUGUACCUUUUGGAAGGUUUGGUGGUAUGCAUGCAGAUGUCAACCCUUUUCAAUCAAUGGAUCGGAUGAUGUUAAAUAUGCGAAAUGGUAUUCAGGAGUUACAAAGAAACUUUGGUCAACUUUCAAUGGAUCCAAAUGGGCAUUCGUUUUGUUCUUCCUCUGUUAUGACCUAUUCCAAAGUAGGAGAUGAACCACCGAAGGUUUUCCAGGCCUCAACUCAAACCCGUAGGGCUCCCGGAGGAAUAAAAGAAACCAGAAGAGCAGUGAGAGAUUCUGACAGUGGUCUAGAGAAAAUGGCUGUUGGUCAUCAUAUCCAUGACCGAGCUCAUGUCAUUAAAAAGUCCAAGAACAACAAGACUGGAGAUGAAGAGGUCAAUCAGGAGUUCAUCAAUAUGAAUGAAAGUGAUGCUCAUGCUUUUGAUGAUGAGUGGCAAAAUGAAAUUUUGAAGUUCAAGCCUAGUGGACGACCACACAAUCUAGAAAACAACCCUAGAACGCGAAGUGUGGGUUAUGAGAAUGCAGUGCCACGAGAACUCAGAAGGAGAGAGAAAAUUCAUCGAAGUCCAGCCAUUGAGAAUGGAAGAAGAUCAAACAUUGUUGCGGACAAACUCAAUAUCAAAGGGUCACCUGUGAAAAUCACCAAAAAAUAAAUAGCCGUGCAGUUCAUUUGUUUAGUUGGUUGUUUUAACAAAGAAAGUCAUGGUGCUAGGUAAUAUAAAAAAAGACCAAUCUGUUGUUAAAUUGAUACUGUACUUUGCAACUUUCUUCUGAAUCUGAAUGUUCUUGUAAGUUUUAGCUUUACAUUGAUCAUAAUUUAGGAAUAAAAUUUUGAUGUUCAACAAUGUGAUUAAAUUGAUAAACAUUCUAUAUUAAACUCGUUAAGAUAUA